CAUUCACCCCGAAGCCGCACAAAUUUUAAUUGUUUCGUUUUGGUCGGAAAAUAUAAAUUUUGACCUCCUGCUAACAGAAGGAUGCAUCCCGAAAUGGAGGGCAAGGACCUGCAAUGCCGUAUCUGCUUGCUGCAGCCGAAGGACGAGUCCCUCAUGCCCACAGAGCCGGACUUCCCGGAACAAAUCAAACGCUGCACGGGGAUUGAGUUGAGACAGAGUCCCGAAUGGGCCAAUCGCAUUUGCACCAGCUGCGCCCUGCUCCUCCGGGCGGCGCUCAAGCUGCGAUCCCUUUGCCAGGAGGCGGAGAAGAAGCUGCAGGAAGAGAAGGACCUGCAGGAGAUUCACAUACAGAUACUGCCCGAUGACCAGGAGGCAAAGGAUCCGCCCAGCAAGGAGCCUGCAGACGGAGAGUUGGAGUACGAGUACCUGGAGUCCUACGAUGUAACGCUGGAGAGCAGCGAAGAUGCGGCCUGCAGUGCCGAUGAAAUGGUUAGCAUAGAACCGAUUAACUCAGCGCCAGAGGAAUCUGUCUAUUCGCUGAGUCCCAAACCGGAAACGGGAGAGGAAGACGAGGCGGCUCCCAGCUUUCCCUGCACCAUUUGCUGCAAUGUCUACGCGGAGCGGGCCAAAUUGGCCAACCACAUGAAGGUUCACAGCUCGGAAAAGCCACACGAAUGCGAAAUAUGCCACAAGCGCUUCCGGCAGACGCCGCAGCUGGCGAGGCACAUGAACACGCAUACCGGAAAUCGACCCUACAAAUGCGAUUACUGCGACUCCAGCUUCGCAGAUCCCUCCACGCGCAUCAAGCACCAGAGGAUCCACACCAACGAACGACCGUACAAAUGCAAGUUCUGCAGCAAAUCCUUCGCCUACUCGAAUGUCCUUAGAGUUCAUCUAAAGACCCACACGGGUGAGCGACCCUUCAGCUGCCAGUUCUGCCAGAAGAGCUUCUCCCAGCUGCACCACAAAAACGCCCAUGAGAAAUCGCACAAAACGACCGACGUAGUGGAAACGUGGCUCAAGUGAUUUUAGCCUAAUUUUAUAGUACAAAUCCGUGACCGAAAAUAAUCAUUAUUUGUGAGUUUUAUUUUAAAAAGACUGCUUUAAUUUUUAACUAAAAAUAUCA